AUGACUGGGGUGAACAACAGGGUGAACAACAGGGUGAACAACAGGGUGAACAACAGGGUGAACAACAGGGUGCACAACAGGGUGAACAACAGGGUGAACAACAGGGUGAACAACAGGGUGAACAACAGGGUGAACAACAGGGUGAACAACAGGGUGAACAACAGGGUGAAUAACAGGGUGAACAACAGGGUGCACAACAGGGUGAACAACAGGGUGAACAACAGCCGUCCAAGUCUGGCCAAUCCGGAAGAAUGUCUGAGUCAAUACUUCCUUUAUGGAGGACGUACCACGGAAGGAAGUGAACUGGUAUAUACAGUUGAAGUCAAGUUUAGCGUCGACAAGUUCAUCCAUGAUACCCUGCUCACCAUCAACCAGUUCUGCAACCACUGUGACCACCGGAGCCAAUGGAAGAGCCAGCCCUUUAACCUCCCAGCUAGAUACCUGUCCUCUUCAGCAGCUGCAGCAUCGACUGGCACAACUGAUGCUUCGAUUGGCAUAACAACUGGCACAUCCACUGACACUCUGACUGACUCCUCAACUGGCCCAACUUGCACCUUCAAUUCUCAGACCCUGAAGACAGCGGAGGACAGGGAUCUUCUGUUGGAGAAUUACGAUGGCGAUAUUUGCAACAAGGGUCUGGAGGACAUUCAGACCCUGGUGUUUGAGACAACCUUUCGUAUGCAUGAUGACGACAAAGCCAUGAAGAAGAUAUGUCAACGUCAGUCCUUGGAGGAGGAAGAGGAGGAGGAGACUCAGGAGAAGGAGGGCUCCGAUGUGGAGUGGCAACCCGAGGUUGAGUUAAGUGCUCUUCUAGCCUCAGAUUCCGAAUGGGAUUCCCGGGCGCUCUGCCCGGAUUGUGGCACGUUUAUCAAAGGCUCCAAGGCUCACGUCUGCGAGCAUGCCAAGCCGUUUGUCUGCCAGGACUGUGGCAAGCGGUUUGUUAACGAGACCUCUCAACAUUCACCAAAGAAUCCACAAGCCAGGCUACGUGCACAAGUACUGCUUCAAGCCAUUCCAGAGCAGGCCGGAGAAGCUGAGGCAUGAGGAGAGUCACCCGCAUGUAGAAAAGCCCUAUGAAUGUCCCGACUGCCCCAUACGAUUCACCGACAUUAAAGCCCGGGACAGCCACCUUCAAAGCCACAAGAGGGCCCACAUGGUACAUUUGCGACAUCGGCAAAAUGGAGUUUACAAGGAGUAGCAACCUGGAAAGAAACAUGCGAGUCCACAGCGGGGAGAAGCCCUACACAUGCCCCGAGUGCCAGCGCUCCUUCAACCAGGCGAGCCACCUCAAGUCUCACAUGCGCCUUCACACUGGCGAGCGGCCGUACAAGUGCCGGCAUUGUGACAAGUACUUCAACCACAACGUGAGUCUGAAAAGUCACGUCCAUCGCUCCCAUCCGGACCCUGCCUCUGGGACCAAGGAGAAGAAACAGGAGCCAGUCUCUAACUCAGACACUCUGACUGAACAACAGCUAGUGAUCCAGGAGAAUCGAAAGACUAAUGCAGGGUCUGGGCAGGAAAGAGUGAAGAGGGCAAGGAGGAAGAGGAAACGCCUGACUUUUGACCCUGAGGAGUUGGGGGAGAGUGAGCGCAACAGUGACUCAGACUUCAACCCAGGGGCAGAAGAGGGCGGUAGCAACAAGAAGACUACAGGCAGACCAAAAGGCAGGCCAGAGAGAUGUAUACAGGAAGUGUGACUAAAGAGCAUGAUGGAUCCAACCUGAAUGAACAGUGGGAGGAGGAAGAGGAGGACAGGGGUACCAAAAGGAAGGCCACAAGAAGGGGGAGAGGGACACCAAGAACCAUUGAAGAGAUGCAUGAGGGAACUGCUUGCGACGAGCUUGAUGAAUCAAACCUGAAUGAACAAGUGCCAUCAAUAGAGACUGCUCUUUCUGAACUUUUAGAGAGUUGUUGGCCGAUUCAAAAUGUAGAUGGGCCUUUUGACCCAAUGCUAAAUUAACUGUUAGUUAUUGAGGAUUUGUCCCCCUCCCCCCCAUAUUUUCUAUAUAUUUUUUUACACGUUGAAGAAAAAUAGUUAUGAUUUGACAAAUGUUCAUAAAGUUCAAGAUUCUACUCUAAAGCAGGGUCAACAACGAAACUGUCAACGCGUCCCAAAUUGUACCCUAAUUCCCUAUACAGCGCACUAAUUUUGAACAGCCUACAUUGCGUUGGUUUCAGACACCGUUGCGUUGAGCCAUAAGCCUACCGCCUGAUUCCUUAUGUUCAACAUUUUGUGUUCUAGAGAACUUGAUGAGUUGCUGUCUACAUUAUGAUCAGGUAAGAAGAAAAAUGACAAAGUGCCUCCUAUACUUUGUCGUUGAUAAGCGUAUUUCCUAUCAUUUGCAGACAAGAUUGUAAUAAACGUCAUUAUAAACCGGGUGGUUCGCGCCCUGAAUGCUGAUUGACUGGCUGAAAGCCGUGGUAUAUCCGACCGUAUACCACGGGUAUGACCAAAAAUGACUUUUUACUGUUCUAAUUACGUUGGUAACCAGUUUAUAACAGCACUAAGGCACCUCUGGGGUUUGUGUUAUAUGGCUGAUAUACCACGGCUAACGGCUGUAUCCCGGCACUCCGAGUUACGUAUAAGAACACUCCUUAGCCGUGGUAUAUUGACAAAUAACACACCCCCUUGCUUAAAGCAUGUUUAUUUUACUUUUAUUAUUGAAUAGUAUUGCUGCUACAUUUUCUAACAUUUUUCCAACCCACCUCAAAUAUAGACUUUCAUAAACCUUAAACCGUUAAAAGUAGAUUGACCCUGGGGUGAGGUCAACAGUCUAGAGGUCGACUGAUUAAUCGGGAAGGCCCGAUUUUUAAGUUUUCAUAACAACCAGUAAUCGGCAUUUUUGGACACCGAUUAUGGCCG